CCCCCCAGGCAAGGCUGUAGUCAAGUACAAGGCCCCAAAAGAUACCAAACCAAAGACAUAUCAAAAUCUUAUCGAAACUACAGAACUUCUGAUAUCGGACUGGGAAUGUAAGACCAUCGGAUAUCGUAUCUUAUCAGCCGAAACAGUAGCUGACAAAAUUAAACCAAACAAAAGAAAAACCCCCAUUAAUGUCUGGGCUCGGGCACUGUGUAAUUGAUAUUUAAUUAGCGGCGGACACUCGAGCCAUCCGUAGAUAAGGGCAACCACACAACUCGUUCCAUUCAACAGCUCCGCAGUUCCAGCGGUCAGUGGGCAGUCAGCAAUCGGCAGUCAAUCGAAAUGCCUCCACCAGGACGAGGCUACGGACCCCCACGACCCGGACCUGGACCCUGCUAUGGCCCGCCCCGCGGCGGUGGUGUGAAUGUGGGCAUCAACAUCGGCGGACCGCCACGUCCGCCACCCAUCGGAGUGGGCAUCGGUUUCUGUCCACCGCCAGUGAUUAUUGGUGCACCGCCGCCACCUGCUGUGGUCAUCGGAGCUCCACCGCCGCCCGUCUACAUGCCACCACCCCGACCCACCGUUGUGGUGGGCGCCCAGCCAGCGGUCUAUGCCCAACCCGCUGGGGAGGUUGUAUGCUGCACGAUACUCUGAUCG